UUUUAUACAUACAUACACACACAUAUAACAAUCAAAAUUUUUAGUAUCCUGUAGCAAAUCAUCAUCAAAUAGAAUUCUUUAAAAAUGGGAAUUAUUGAAAAUAACAACAAAUCAAGUAAAGUUGCACAAGCAAGAUUAGCAGUAUUAUCAGCUCAUCUUUCAUCAUGUGUUGAAUCAAAUGAUUUCAUUGAAUCUUCCCCUGUCUCUGCUCAAGUUUUUGUGGCCCCACCUCCCAAUUUAAAAGGGUCUUUAUCAGUUUCUGAUGAUAGAACUGGCAAAAAAUACAAAUUUCAAGUUUCUGAUGAAGGUACCAUUAAAGCUGCUGACUUUAAGAAGAUAACAACAGGAAACAACGAUAAGGGUUUGAAGCUUUAUGAUCCGGGAUACCUUAACACGGCUCCAGUUCGGUCAUCGAUCUGCUACAUUGAUGGUGAUGAAGGGAUCUUGAGGUAUAGAGGGUAUCCGAUUGAAGAGUUAGCUGAGAGUAGUUCGUUCUUAGAUGUAGCCUAUCUUUUAAUGUAUGGGAACUUACCUUCUCAGAGCCAGUUAGCUGAUUGGGAGUUCACCGUUGCACAACAUUCAGCCGUUCCCCAAGGAAUCUUGGAUAUCAUACAUGCAAUGCCUCAUGAUGCUCAUCCAAUGGGUGUUUUGGUCAGCGCAAUGAGUGCCCUUUCUGUAUUCCACCCCGAUGCAAACCCUGCUCUUAGAGGUCAAGAUUUGUACAAAUCUAAGCCAGUGCGAGAUAAGCAAAUAGUGCGCAUACUUGGGAAGGCUCCUACUAUCGCAGCAGCAGCGUAUCUUAGGAUGGCAGGGAGACCUCCUGUUCUUCCUUCCAGCAAUCUUUCUUACUCAGAGAAUUUCUUAUACAUGCUGGAUUCAUUAGGUGACAAGUCUUAUAAACCCAACCCUAGACUUGCUCGAGUACUCGAUAUCCUUUUUAUAUUACAUGCAGAACAUGAAAUGAAUUGUUCCACAGCAGCGGCGAGGCAUCUUGCAUCAAGUGGUGUUGAUGUAUACACAGCUCUUGCUGGAGCGGUUGGAGCACUAUAUGGUCCUCUUCAUGGUGGAGCAAAUGAGGCGGUCCUGAAGAUGCUCAAUGAGAUUGGAACUGUUGACAAUAUUCCCGAGUUCAUCGAAGGAGUGAAAAAUAGAAAGCGAAAAAUGUCGGGUUUUGGGCAUCGUGUAUACAAGAACUAUGAUCCUAGAGCAAAGGUUAUUAAAAAGCUGGCAGAGGAGGUAUUCUCAAUUGUAGGCAGAGAUCCCCUUAUUGAGGUAGCUAUUGCUUUGGAGCAAGCUGCACUAUCAGAUGAGUACUUUGUUAAAAGAAAGUUGUACCCAAAUGUUGAUUUCUAUUCUGGGCUGAUUUAUAGGGCAAUGGGUUUCCCAACUGAGUUUUUCCCUGUAUUGUUUGCAAUUCCUCGAAUGGCUGGCUAUUUGUCACACUGGAGAGAGUCGCUUGAUGAUCCUGACACAAAGAUCAUGAGGCCCGCACAGGUAUACACGGGUGUAUGGAUGCGCCAUUAUAUUCCUGCCCAAGAACGAAUGUCAUCAACUGCAGCUGUAGUAGACAAGCUUGGGCAGCUUUCUGUCUCCAAUGCCACUAGGCGACGGUUGUCUGGCUCUGGUAUUUGAGCUAUAUGUAAUGGCAUUUCAACUUUAAGACAAGUGAAAACAAUGCCAAGCAAAAUAAUUGGAACUGUAAUAUCACAAAUUCAUCUAUAUGAUUAUUAUAUAUGGUGCUGUAAUAAGAUGUAUGAUCAAACUUAUGUUUUAACUCUUUCGAUAUAUCGAUGAUAGGUGCACCUUCACAAUUGUUGGUA